AUGCUGCGGGACAGCGAGCUCUACCAGGCUUUCCGCGCCUGUCGCGACAUCGGCGCCAUCGCCCGCGUCCACGCCGAGAACGGCGAGCUGGUGGCCGAGGGAGCGAAGGAGGCGCUGGAGCUGGGCAUCACGGGGCCCGAGGGCAUCGAGAUCAGCCGGCCCGAGGAGCUGGAAGCCGAGGCCACGCACCGUGUCAUCACCAUUGCCAACAGGACCCACUGCCCCGUCUACCUGGUGAACGUCUCCAGCAUGUCCGCAGGGGACGUCAUCGCCGCCGCCAAGAUGCAAGGGAAGGCGGUGUACGCGGAGACCACCACGGCGCACGCCACGCUCACCGGGCUGCACUACUACCACCAGGACUGGUUCCACGCCGCUGCCUACGUCACCGUGCCGCCGCUGCGCCUUGACACCAACACCUCUGCCUACCUCAUGAGCCUGCUCGCCAACGACACGCUGAACAUUGUGGCGUCGGACCACCGGCCCUUCAGCACCAAGCAGAAGGCCAUGGGCAGGGAGGACUUCACCAAGAUCCCGCAUGGCGUCAGCGGUGUGCAGGACCGCAUGAGCAUCAUCUGGGAGCGCGGCGUG